AACUAGAUGAGUUUAUGUAUAAUUUGCUUACGAGUUAUAUGUAUACUAAGAAUUUUAGGCAUGGUGAAAUACAGCCGCAGUAAAAACAGCGUCUGUAAAAAUCGAGGAGACUAGGAGUCGCCUGGUCGCUGGUUGAUGCGUAAUUGCUAAUAGUGAGUUUUUAUUUUUUUUAAUCUCUUCAGGUUGUGUAAAUGUUGUCUCAUUUUCCAGCAGCUAGGGUUUCUGCUCAUCUUUGCUUAAAUGUACUAAUCACAUAUCAGCUCAGCUUCUUUGCUCUUUAAAUUCUAGCACAGUCUCUGUACCCGUGAGAGGAGCAGUGAUGGCCAAGACCAAACCUGGGAAGAAGGACCUUGAUUCUUACACCAUCAAAGGCACCAACAAGAUCGUCAGACCCGGGGAUUGUGUACUAAUGAGACCAUCAGAUACUGAUAAACCACCAUAUGUUGCAAGAGUUGAGAAGAUAGAAGCUGACCACCGAAACAGUGUGAAGGUGCGUGUAAGGUGGUACUACCGCCCUGAGGAGUCAGUGGGUGGGCGCAGACAGUUCCAUGGGGCGAAGGAACUGUUUCUGUCAGAUCAUUAUGAUACACAGAGUGCACACACAAUUGAAGGGAAAUGCAUCGUGCAUACUUUCAAGAACUAUACUAAGCUAGAGAAUGUGGGCCAAGAGGAUUACUUCUCUAGGUUUGAGUACAAAGCCUCUACUGGAGGGUUCACUCCUGACCGUGUUGCUGUGUAUUGCAAGUGUGAGAUGCCCUAUAACCCUGAUGAUCUCAUGGUACAGUGUGAAGGAUGCAAGGAUUGGUUUCAUCCCUCUUGUAUGGGUAUGAGCAUUGAUGAAGCCAAAAAAUUGGAGCAUUUCUUGUGUUCCGACUGCUCAGCUCAGGAUGAGGCUGACCGGCCCUUGAACUCAUUUCAUGCACGUCCAGCUGCUGAGCCAACAAAGGCGGAGAGUAAACGAAGAAAGAGAUGACAAAUCAAGGCGCAUGAUAGAAAAUGCAGAAGGGGGUUCCGAUUGGUUGCAUAUAAUGCUGGAGGAGAGGAACAUUGUUGUUGUUGCGUUUAUGGAAGUAAAACUGUACAGUGCUGAGAAGAAGAAAGAAAGAUAGUGUAGGGCUUUUUGAAAAAGCCCAAGGCUCUUGUUUACCUUUACUUGCUGUGGGCUAACUUAAAUUGGUUAUUUAAAAAAAAAAAAGAUGCUUGUGUGCUGUCUAUUAUGGGAUUUGCCACCACAACUGCUAUUAGUGAUGUGCAUGGGAUGUUAUUAUAUCAGUUGAGCCCCAAUGCACCGAUAACUUGUCAUAACAAUGAACAUGAAACUUGUGAAUGUUAGAUCAGCCGUUCUGUGCGUCGUUUCCCAACAUUCUGUCCUCUUGCUUGGGUUGCUUUAGCGAACCACCAUCUUUUUCUUCCUCCAAACAUGGUUCAUCAUUAAAGUCAUGUUUGGGGUACCUUGUUGGAGUCAUUUCACUCUUCU